GGUAUUUCCAAUUUCUGCAUUGUAUUUUUAUCACUUUCACUUCCCAUCGGGGUUUGAUUGGUCUUUAUCAGAGCUGCAAGCUGACUUUUUAUAUCUUUGUUCCUUUUGAUUUAGAUUCAGAGCAGAAGCAACAGAGCAAGAGACUGACUGGAACAAUCACCGCAGGUGUACAAAGAGCAGAGAAAAAAAAAGAAAAGAAAAUCCUAAAACCAAACAAUGGCUGAAGAAUCUCAACAUUUGGUUGGGGAACAAAGUUCGAUCAACACGGAAAGCCUGAUGCCACGCACAAUAACCUGCAGCAAGAGAAGCCUGAUUUCCGCUCUGUCUGUCUUUGUGGGGCUGCUGUUUGUGGGACAGGCUGUCACGGUCUACUUCCUUGUCCAGCAUCAAUCCAACAUCAAUGAUCUUCAUACCACUACUGUAGACCUGAAGCUGCAGAACUUGAUCAAGAAGCUUCCUGGAUCACCAUCUCAUUCUGUACCUAAGCAGAAAAUGAGAAUGGCUACUAUCGACAUACCUUUGAUGGUUAUGGAUGGGAAUCAGCCCCCACGAAAGAGCACAAAUGAACUGAAGGGAAUUGCUGAGUCCAGCAAUAAGGUGGAAGAUGCGGUCCACUAUAUACUUAGGAAGGGUGGACCGACCCGGUUCUUCCCAUCAUUUAACGGCACUGUCCUUGAGAACCUGAGAGAGCUGAAGAAGACACUGACUGAUGUCGAAUGGAUGAUCUUUGAUCAGUGGAUGCAGCAGUGGUUUCUGUUUUACCUGGUACAGAACAAAAAGACUCCUGAUGCUAACCUUCCCACCAAUAGAGCCUUUUCUACAGAAGCCCCAGUGAUGUCUCGGUGCCAGCUUCAAGCAAGAUCUCACCACAUGCCUGGUGGAUUUAAGCCUGAAUGUGAUGAAAAUGGUGAUUUCAUGCCCGUGCAGUGUUGGAGAAGCACUGGUUACUGUUGGUGUGUCUAUAAGAAUGGAACCGAGAUCCCAGAAACAAAGACUCGGGGCAAGCUUGAUUGCUCUAGCAUCCUUGACCUAUAUGAUUCUGCCACAGGCUCUGCAGACACUGACUAUUCAUUUAGUCCAUUCGACUGAGUCUUAAGAGGACCAUUACCCGAUGAGUGAUCUACAGCAUAUUAUAGGAAACAGCCAAGCAAUCUAAACCAGAUCAUCUUAUUCUGAUCUCUUCAUUAACUGAUGUUUGCAGCAACCUCUUGCUUCUGAAUAGGUUUAAAAUAAGUGUGGUUUUUCUAGUUAGCAUUCACAUUGCAACGACAUCAAGCUUGAUAAAUAAAGCUGUGACCUGUGUUAUA